GCGGCCGCGCGCUGCCGGACUGCACCAGGGCUGCGCCGUUACCGCGCCGCGCUCCGCCGAGCCGCCCGCACCUGCUGCGCCGCCGGGCAGAGCAGAGCAGAGCAGAGCCGCACCGCGUCGCACCACGCCAGGCAAGUUUUGCAGCCAGCCCCAUCCUGGGGAACUGAGGAGCUGGUGGUGAGGGUUGACUGUGCUGGCCUGGCGUCAUCAGGCUGGGCGGCUGCCCUGGCCAGAGGAGCGGGAAGAUGAGCGGAGGCACAGACCAUCUACUGACAGCUCUCUUCGUGGCAGUGGUGGCAGCGGUGAUGGGCUACCCGUCACGGCGGUCUGCCACUGACCUGGACACCACCCCCAGGACAACAGUCACCUUUGAUGAGCUGUCGGGUGUCCGGUUCUUCAGCAUGCACACCCUCAACUACAGCACCCUGCUGCUGGAGGACGACCGGGGAGUUCUCUACGUGGGUGCCAGGGGAGCCAUCUUCGCCCUCAACUCCAGCGACGUGGCUGACGGCUCCCACCGAACGAUCCACUGGGAAGCCUCACCAGAGAAGCAGAUGGACUGCCUGCAGAAGGGCAAAAACAACAAGACCGAGUGCUUCAACCACGUGCGGUUCCUGCAGAGGCUGAACAGCACUCACCUCUACACCUGUGGCACCUACGCCUUCCACCCGCUCUGUGCUGCCAUUGAUGCCGACAGGUUCAUGCUGCCAUCCCACUUCGAGGAAGGCAAGGAGAAGUGCCCAUACGACCCUGCCCGUGGCUACACUGGCCUCAUCGUGGAUGGCGGCUUGUACACAGCCACGCGCUAUGAAUUCCGGAGCCUCCCUGACAUCCGAAGAAACCUGCACCAGCGGCCACUGAAGACAGAGGAGUCCCCAUUACACUGGCUGAACGAUGCUGAGUUUGUGGCCUCUGUGCUGGUCCGAGAGAGCAAAGACAGCCCCGUGGGUGAUGAUGACAAAAUCUACUACUUCUUCACGGAGCGGGCGGGCGAGGAGACCACAUCCUUCUUUGACAAGAGCCAGGUGGUCCGGGUGGCCCGGGUGGCUCGCGUCUGCAAGAGUGACGUGGGGGGGAAGAAGAUCCUGCAGCGCAAGUGGACGUCGUUCAUGAAGGCACGCCUGGUCUGCUACAUCCCCUACUAUGAGGUGCUGCGCAGCGUCUGCAGCCUGGACGCAGGCAGCUGGGCCAGCACUGUUUUCUACGCUGCCUUCACGCUCUCGGCACAGUGGAGGACCAUGGAGGCCUCAGCUGUGUGCCGCUACAGCAUCUCGGCAGUGCAGCAAGCCUUUGAGGGGCCCUACAUGGAGUACCAGGACUCGGCUCGCAAGUGGUCCCGUUACGAUGGAGCGGUGCCUGAGCCCCGGCCUGGCUCUUGCAUCACGGACCACUCCCGCAGGAAGGGCUACAACUCCUCACAGGACCUGCCUAACAGCGUCCUGGACUUCGUCAAGCUGCACCCGCUGAUGUUUGAGGAGGUGAAGCCGGGCGGUGGGGAGCCGCUGCUGGUGAAGAAGAACGUGGCCUACAGCCGGCUGGCCGUUGACAGGGUGCAGGCUCUUGAUGGCCAUGCCUAUGAUGUGCUCUUCAUGGGGACAGGGGAUGGUUGGAUCCACAAGGCUGUGGUGGUGGGCUCUGGUAUCCACAUCGUGGACGAGGUGCAAGUUUUCAAGGACCCACAGCCUGUGGAGAGCCUGGUGAUCUCCCACGCCCAGAGGAGCCUGUACGUGGGGGCAGCCAGCGGGAUCCUACAGGUGCCCCUGGCCUCCUGCACCCGGUAUGCCUCAUGCUAUGACUGCGUCCUCGCCCGGGACCCCUACUGUGCCUGGGAUGGCAGGGCCUGCCGCCCCACCGCCACCGCUGCCAGCACAGGGCUGGUGCAGGACAUUCAGAGUGGCAACAAAGGAUGCCGGAGCAGCUCCGGGCGGGGCUUCCCGACGUGGAAGAACCGGACGGUGCUGCAGGGGGAUGACGUGCUGCUGCCCUGUGACCAGCGCUCCAACCUAGCCCGAGCCGUCUGGCUGCUGAACGGCAGCAAGGUGCCGGGCAGUGGGCAGGACCGGCUGCGUGUCGGGGUGGACGGGCUGCUGGUGACGGACACGCUGCCUCAGCACAGCGGCGAGUACCGCUGCUACGGGGAGGAGCGGGGUCUGCGGACACUGCUGGCCGCCUACAGCCUUUCUGUGCUGCCUGAGCUGCCCCACAGCCCCACAGCUGCCCUACGGCCCCACGCUGCCAGCCAGACAGACAGCGACAUGAAGGUGGCUUAUGUCUCUGCCAUUGUCGCCUUGGUGGUGCUGUGUGCCGUGCUCAGUGGCGUCCUCCUCUACAUGUCCUGCCUGGAGAAGCGCAAGGGCAAGUAUGUGCUGGGGGAGCCGCGGCCAGCCAGCGUGGAACUGCAGACCGUCUCGGCCAACUGCCUGCGCAAGGGCCGCCGAGAGGAGGAGGAGGAGGAAGAGCUCACCUAUCCCGACGGCUGCCUGCGGAUCAUCCCCGGUGAGGCACCCACGGCACCCACCUCCCCAGUCAAGGAGCUGCCAGCUGUCGUGCCUCCUCUGCCACCACCACCGCCGCUGCCAGCCGAGCUCACCAACGGCGUUGGAGCUUUGCCCAACGUCCUCCGCAAGAUGAAUGGCAACAGCUACAUGCUGCUGCAGCAGCAGGAGGAGCCGCUGGCCUCGCCCCUCUACAGCGCGUCCUUCACCGAGGAGCUCAGCAAGAUCCUCGAGAAGCGGAAACACACACAGCUGGUGGAGAAGCUGGACGAGAGCUCCGUGUAGGGGCUGGCAGGGGGGUCCUGCUAGCGGGACCCUCCUCCUCACCAGCCCCUCCUCCCACCCCCUUUCAGCAGUGUUCAAAAACUCGGGCAAAACUACCUCCUUGGAUGGCAGAGCCAGGCCGGGCCUAGGCUCAGUCAUUUCUUUGGCUUUUCACUCACUUUUGAGACUCACUGUACAGGGAAAAAAAAGAAUCUAUUUAAAUUUGGGAGUUCUAUUUAUGUAUAAAACCCCACUGACGGCAGCCAUGAGCUGGAGGGAGGAGCUGGUGCCUGGCUGAAAGUGGACCCUGGGGGGAGGGAGAAUUUCUGUCUAAUCUGUCCAUCCAGGCAUGAAAGAGACACUGUUGUGGAUGCAUGGACUUGGCCUGCCCUUCCUGGCAUCCCUCAGCACACGGAAGCUGGAAGGCUACUGAGAGGGUUUCAGAGUCGGGAGAGGAUGGUUCAGCGAGGGGCAGAGCUGGAGUGAGGAGCUGACAUUCGAAACACCCCAAGCAACUGGUGGAGUGGCACAUGCCCACUGCAAGGAGGCCCCAGGUGCUGCAGCAGAGGAGCAGGAUGCAGCAGCAAGGCAGCACGGUGCACUGGCAGCAGGACUGGUGCCACUAUGGCAAUGGACUGGUGUAGCACCUGUGUACCUUCUGAUGUCCAGAGUGCCCUCAGCCCUAGGCACCACCUAUUUCUUCCCUCCGUGUGGUGCCGUUGGAGAACUGGGAUUCAGGCACAGCCCUAGCCACCGUGGGACAUAUGGAAGGGGAAAUGAUCUCACAUCAUGAGGAGGAGCCCUGGACAAGGCCUUCCCUCCCUCUGGGACCUCCUGUUCUUCAUGGCACUUUAUGGGGGCAGCCACUGUCCCUAAAUCCCCCCCAACUACCUCUGCUCUUGCCACCUCCUGGGGGAACCCAAGAGACUGGGGUGACAAAAACAUCUCACACCCUGGGGACAGGGUGGUGAUACUGGAGAAUCCAGGGAGGGACAGACUUGCAUGUCUUCCCCUCUGUGCUCCUUGCUGCCACCUCCCAGGAUCAGGACAGUGUCUGGAGCUGAACCCUGCAAGGUGAACAGGAGCAGGGUGGCAGUCCCUGGGGUACCUGAUGGACUUAAGCCCUCCUGCCCCAGAGAGACAAAGCUUAGUGGGAAAGGCAAGGGCCAGACACCUGGGCUCUCCCACCAUGCUCCCACCCUUUAGUUUUGCUACAAGCAGAGAGGCAUUGCCCUCCCUGUCUGGCAACCCUCAUGCUCCCCCAGCAAUAAAGGUGGCUCUGUCUGAA